UAAUCUAUGGUGUGUUGUGUCGUACAUUUUGAUUUGCGUACAUUUUUCGACUUGUUCGAUCGUACAUUUUAUAUUCAAUUCCUAUUUUGUUUAUAAUUGCUUGAGAUGAAAUCUAAAAAACGCCAUUACUCUUCAUCAGAAGAUUCCGAGGAAUCAAACGCUAGUGAUAAAUCUAGUAGUUCAUCGGAUAGCGAAAGCGAGGACUCCUCCGUGUCGGAGCACCGGGGCAAGAAGAAAAGAAAACGUGCAGAUUCUUCAGAGUCUGAUAGCAACUCUGAUAAUCAAAAACGAUCAAAAAAACGUAAGCAUAAGAAAAAGAAGAAGAAACAUGGAAAGAAAAAGAAACGUUCAGAUUCUGCAGAUCGCGGUAAUGUUGAAAGUAUAUCAUCUUUGAGUGACGGAGAAAUAAUAUCCAAAAAGAAAAGAAAACAAAAGCAUAAACAUUCAAAGCGGGCAGAGGCUUCACACAGUGAAGAAGAGCAGCAAGAACAUCGCUUGCACAGUGUUGUUAAAGAAUGUCGACAAUCAUCAGAUGAAGGAAGCCAGCCACCUCGCACAUACUAUCAAAAAGACUACCCAAUGAGACAUUCAGCAUCAGCAGAUAACUAUGAAAGGCAAAGCGAAGUCCAACGUUUCUACAGAGGUUCCAGUAAAGAACACCAAUCAUCUUAUCAAGAAUCAUAUGGAUAUGACAGAGGUCAUAAUGAAAGAGUAUAUGAUAAAAACAGAGAAAGAUAUGGCCACAAUCCACAUUAUGCUACUAAUUCUGAAUAUAACAGAAGACCUAAGGAAUUUGAUGAAUUUAAAAGGCAUCCAAGAUAUGAGGAGCAUAGACCUGAGGAAGAUUUCCACAGACGACCCAGAGAUGAACCUUAUCAAGGAAGAGAAGAUUCAAGAGGAUACAACCGUUACAAUAAUCAAUAUGACCAUAGAGGAGCACACAAACAAAGAGAAGUACAUGAUGUCAGGGAUUAUCGUGAAAGACGCGGUCCACCUGACGUGGAGAGAUAUCGCGAAAGGGAAUACGUCGAAAAGAGAGACAAAUACCGCGAGGAGAGGUAUUCAGGUGACAGGAAUCGUGAGUUACGUCGUGAGCGGCCGCCGAGAGUUGAUAAACCAUCAUCGCCGCAACACAGAGAGCAUUCCAAAUCACGAAGUCCGGACCGUUACCGCGAGAAGAGCAUAAAAGUAGAGAGUAGAGAAGAAAGAGACGGAGGAAGAGAGGGAAGACCAUUGAAGGAGAGAGUGGAGAAGAGAGAGAGCUCACGGGGCGGGGAGGAGCGAAGAGAUCGUCCGCGGAGGAGCGAGGAGCGACCGCGGCCUGCUGAGAACGACUCCCGCCCGAGAGAACGGAAGAGCAGAUUUGCCGAUGUAGAUGACAAAAAAGAGUAUGGCUGGGGGAAGACAGAAGUGAAGAAAGAAGGAAAACCUGAAGGAGAAAAGGAGAAACCUAACUUCGGUCUGUCCGGCAAGCUGACUGCUGACGCCAACACUGUCAAUGGCGUCGUUAUAAAGUACGCGGAGCCCGAUGAUGCUAAACAACCAAAAAGGAGAUGGAGAUUCUAUCCGUUCAAAGGCGACAAGGCGCUGCCGAUCCUGUACAUCCACCGGCAGUCGUGCUUCCUGAUCGGACGCGACAAGAAGGUGGUGGACAUCGCGCUGGAGCACCCCUCCAUCAGCAAGCAGCAUGCGGCGCUGCAGUACAGAGCUACACCCUUCACUCGUCCUGACGGCUCUCAGGGCCGCCGCGUCCGCCCUUACGUUAUCGACCUAGAGUCUGCUAACGGUACAUUUGUCAAUAACAAGAAGAUUGAACCUCGUCGUUAUGUGGAGCUUUUAGAGCGGGAUGUGGUGAAGUUCGGCUUCUCUCAGCGCGAGUACGUAUUGCUGCACGAGAACAGCAAAGAUGACGCUCAGGAUGAUGAUAACCAGGACCCGCCAGCCGUCACCACCACUGACCACAUCAAACAUGAGAAGAGGAUCAAAGAGGAAGUGGCCGCUGAUGGUGAGUAACUUGUCUCACUUUAAGUUUCCAUUGCUGAAACAUUAAACAAAAA